AAGGAGGAGAUGGAGCUUACGACGUGGUUUAAAGUGAAUCCCGAGCGAUAAUUCAUCUUUAUAUAAAGAAGUUUUUUUUUCUUCUUGAUAUCGGCCUUUGUUUUGAGGAGCUGAGAAAAAGAAAGAUGGCGCAGCGUGUGACGGGGUCCGAUGGCGCAAACAAGAAAACCUCUCGGGUUCGAGUAGCGGUUCGUCUGCGACCCUACAUGAGCAAACAAGAUGAGAAGGGCGAGGGACCGUGUGUGAGAGGCCUGGACUCCCAGAACCUGGAAAUAAUCAACUGGAGAAAUGCAACAGAGACCGUAAAAUACCACUUCGACGUUUUCCAUGGAGAGCACACGACACAGCAAGAGGUUUUCCUCUCUUCAGUGAAAAUUAUUUUACCACACGUACUGAAUGGACAAAAUGCCAGUGUGUUUGCUUAUGGCCCCACAGGAGCUGGAAAAACCCACACCAUGUUGGGAAGUGCGGAGCAACCUGGUGUCAUCCCUCGCGCUGUCGGAGAGGUUUUCAAACUGGUCAAUGCUAAGGAUGAACAUGAAGGAUGGGACUACAGCAUUGGCAUGUCUUACUUGGAGAUUUACAAUGAGAAGGUUCUUGAUCUUCUGUCUCCAAACUCCCAGGAUUUGCCCAUCAGAGAGGACAAAGACAAGAACAUUUUAAUCCCCGGUCUCACCCACACAAUCAUCUCCUCCUUCUCAGAUUUUGACCAACACUUUGUCCCCGCCACCCUCAAUCGUACCACUGCUUCUACCAAACUAAACCAGCGCUCCAGUCGCAGUCACGCUAUUCUUCUUAUCAAGGUUGUACGGACUCGACGAGCCUUACCCCACCGGCAGCAGACAGGAAAGCUGUACUUGGUAGACUUGGCUGGGUCGGAGGACAAUCGCCGCACUGGAAACCAGGGCAUCCGUCUGAAGGAGAGUGGAGCCAUCAACCUGUCCCUCUUCACACUCAGCAAAGUGGUGGACGCCCUCAACUCUGGCACGUCUGGCCGUGUGCCAUACAGAGACAGUAAACUGACCCGGCUGCUGCAGGAUUCUCUGGGAGGCUCAGCACACUCUGUCAUGAUUACUAACAUCGCACCAGAGUAUGCAUAUUAUUUUGACACUUUUAGUGCCCUGAACUUUGCAGCCAAAUCCAAGCUCAUAGUGAACAAGCCUUUCACACGUGAAACCGUGACUGUGCCUGUGCUGCCAGUGAAGCGGUCCAGAGGAGAGCAUGAGGCAGGGCCGUCUGGCACUGAGCCAAACAAGAAGAAGCAGAAGGACGAGAAAAGAGCCGACGAGGAUGGUUCCUCGCCUUCAGCACAUUACCACAGUUUGUCUGAUCCAUCUGUAAUGGACAGACUAAUCGCUCUGGAGAAGCUAGUAAUGAGCUGCCAGGACAAAGACAGGCAGAGCGUGCUGAAAGACAUGGCUCAGUCUCGCAAAGAAAUCCAGGAGCUCAAAGAAAGGCAGAGGGAGUUUGAGAGAGAGGCCAAGUUGGCAGAAGACAAGUUGAGAUUAAAACAGGAGCCUCUCUUCAAGAGCUCAGCCCCCCUCCAAAGAAAACAACCAAAUGUCAUAAAAACCAAUAAGCAGCAGGCUGUGGUCCAGCCCUUACAAGUGUCCAUGCUCCAGCCUCAGCUUGUGGUCAUCAAAAAAGAGCCUGUGUGCAUCACGAAGAAGGACCUGUGUGAGGCCCCAGGUGGUAAAGAAAACGCAAAAGAGCAGAACUCCUGGGUGUCUCAACUUGGCACGCCUUUGCUGGAACAGUCCAAAGAGAAAAUCCUGCAUAUUCUCAACACUGGCUGCCUCAAAGAGCUGAAAAGUCUGCAGCAGAUCGGGGACAAGAAGGCUAAACUCAUUCUGGGCUGGAGGGAGAUCCAUGGUCAAUUCACCGAGUUGGAAGAUCUAAAAAAAGUUGAGGGCAUGACGGAAAAGAGAUUUUCCACCUUUGUCAAGGCGAACAUCCUGAGUGCCAUGGGAAAAUGA